AUGUACACCAACCGACAAGUCGCCACUUUCUACUUCCAGCAAGUGCUGGACGCCCAGGACGAGCAUGUGGCCGGGUACUUCCGGUGCCGGUGCUCUUGCGUGCGCCAGCAAGCCCCGCGAACGGGGUACAGUAACCUCGUGUCGCACGUUCGCAGCCAGCACCCCGACUUCGAAGAAUUCAUGCGCCCCGCAGCGCCCGCAGAGACGGGGUCGCUCGUGCCGUGGAUCCGCCAGCGCAGUUUAAACCUGUUCGGUUGGCUGCGCUGGACGGUGAUGUGUGGUCUACCACUGCAUUUCUGCGCAAAUCCUGAAACUAAAAGGUACUCGAACCUCGACCCCAUUGGAGAGGAGCAGCUCCUGGAUGGAAUGGUCCGGCUGGUGCAGCACGUGAAGGCAAGCAUGCGGCGGGAGCUCCCGGGGCACUUUGGGAUGAAGCUGGACGACUGGUCGCACAACUCGGAGCACUACUUGGCGGUGUUCGUGUGCUACGAGCUGGGCGGCCAGCCGCGAUGCCAACUGAUAGCCAUGGCGCCGCUGGUCCAAGAGCCUGGCCAAAACCUCUCUGCGGAAGGUCAUGUUGAGUUUCUUCGGACCAUGUUGGCCCGAGACUAUGGUAAGACCCUUGAAAACUGUCUCUACCUGGUUGGCGACACCAAUAGGCGCCUCGCCACCUUGCUUGGUGUGCCACUCGUGGGCUACGCCAGUCAUCGCCUGAAUUUAGUGGCCCAAAACCUGCUAGAAGAUUUCAAGGAUGAGCUCGACCAAGUUCAAGACGAAAUUGCGUCGGGUAUUGAGCCAGGCGACGCGCUGGAGCUCUACAAGAUCGAGUCGGUGAGAAAGGAGCUGCAGUCGGAGUCGGUCUCGAUCGCCGACGUCCGUUGCUAUUUCGACGCACUCAUAGCGCUGUGGCCAGGCUUCGCUACGUAUCUCGGCCCUCGUGCUGCAAUUGUGCAUAGCCCUCACUUUGAGGCUGGUUGGGUCAAGGUCCAGCGCGACGAAGUGGACGAGCUGACACGGUCGGAGAAGACGGCGCUCAGUCGCUUCGUCAUCCGGGAGACCGCUGGACAGCCGGCCGCUGUUGCUGACGAUGCUACGGGGUCGUUUGUCGAGCAAGUCAAGAAAAGACGCAAGACGACGGCCCCAAGGACGGCCUACAUGCUGCUGCAGGCGAUUCCGCCCACCUCGAACACAACUGCAACGGCACCGCCUCCAGCCGGCAACACUGGAGAUGAUUUUGUUCUUCGUGUGAACAACGCGUUGUGGGACGCGAACGCUGUCAACGACUGCUGCUAG